UCAACUCGUCAGAAAUGGGUGUGACCAGUCUUCGUGACGUCAGACUAUUGGUAGAACCAGCAACAGUGGUACGGGGUGGUACGGCCGCCCUCAUCUGCUCCCGGGAUAUGCAGGGCGCCCCACUUUACUCUGUCAAGUGGUAUCGAGGCAACCACGAAUUCUACAGGUUCACUCCCAUGGAAGAAACAGCGACAAGAGUCUUUGGAUUGCCGGGAAUUUACGUUGAUAUGAAUCGAUCAAACGGAUCUCAAGUUCUUCUUAGAAAAAUGGACCUCGGUCUCGCCGGAAAUUUCAGCUGCGAAGUCACAGCGGAUAUGCCGCCAUUUGCAACGCAGAUUGCCACAAAGUUCAUUGACAUCAUAGCGUUACCAACAUCAAACCUGAUCCUGAAAGCAGACAAGGAUCGAUACCAGCCAGGCGAGCUGCUGAGAGCAAACUGCACUUCACCACCAGCUCGACCUGCAGCCAACCUCACAAUAUUCGUGAACGAGGAACCGGUCAGAGCUACAGAAACAAGCCUGCACCCUUCAGACAGUGGUCUGUUUACUACAAAAGUAAACGUUGAGUUGAAGGUCACGCCACAUUUGUUCCCUAGUGGCAGAAUGAGGGUAGCAUGCUAUGCUACCAUGUACAAUGUGUUUAACAAGUCGGCAAAGCUGGACUUCUUAACGCCAGAGACUGAUCCUCGACCUGAACGGAUAACCCUCAAUGGCGGUGUAUCAAGAACCUUCUCGAACUGGUUUCUGCUAUUUCUACUCUUCUUUCUGCCGAUGAUGGUAUUUGGAGACGAAUACGUGGUAAGCGAAGAGUUUGGUAAUUACCUCGACUACAGCGACGGCAGUAGCAAUAACCCCGUGGUCGCACUCCUCGGCGGAUGAAAUUAAUUAAUUUUAUAUUUAGUAUUUUAUAUUUAAGAUAAAUUUACGGUAUAUGUAAUGUUUAUUUAAGAAGAUCAUUGUUAUAUUAAGAUUCCAUAUUUACUUUAUUUUAUUUAUAUAUUUGGGCACUGUAAUUUUUAUUCUAUCUAUUAAGGUAAUUUUAAUAUUAUUAUUUGAGCCUUUUUGUGCUAGACGGGUGUAAGGUACAUUUUCUUACAAGAAAAAAGUGUUUGUGUACGCAAGAAGUUAUACUUCUUUGGCCUAUUGAAGCAAAAAUCAUUAAAAUGAUUUAUUCCUCGUGCUUUCUACGUUUUUAGAAAGAACAAUUUUGUAAAAAUCUUGCAAAGAUGGCUUUGACAAAUAAUUAUUAAAUAAUGAAUGUAUGGGCUUGAACCCUUUGCUUGUCCUAAUAAUGGACGAAAAACCAAAAAAAAAUAACAGUCAGAAAAUUUUGGGAACCAACUUCAACCUGUUACUUUUGUGUUACAGUGAUCUUAAAAUUUCACUCUGAUAAUUUUUUCAUAACGCGCCUAAAGAAGUAUAACUUCAAAAAUAACAUAGUUUAAUCAUUUCGGAAAAACUAACCUCUUCUGAGUAGAAUUGGUAAGAAAGAUAACAAAAUGAGUAAUUCUUUCUUAUGAUAACAUACUCUCAUUAUUUUCCGUUGAUACAAUAAUGAUUUCUUUAUUAAAAUAUACGUUUCCUGUUUCUCGCUGUCAAUCAUCAACAGUCAAACGUCUGAUCCUGUAGACAAAGGUCUCCCUCAAAGAUUUCUACAACUAUCGGUCCUGCGCUGCCCUCAUCGUAUUCCGGCGAUCUUGACCAGAUCGUCGAUACAUCUUGUCGGGGGCAACCAACACUGUGUCCUCCGGUACGUCGUCGCCAUUCCAGGACUUUGCUGCGCCAACGGCCAUCUGUUCGGCGAAAUAUGUGCCCUGCCCAGUGCAAUCAUUUGCACUAUGUCGGUGACUUUGGUUCUCCUACGAAUCCCCUGAUUUCAAAUUCGAUCUCGUAGGGAAACUCCGAGCAUAGCUCUCUCCUUUGCCCUCUGACCUUGAGCUUUCUCAUGAGCCCCAUAGUUAGCGACUACGUCUGCGUACCAUACUGGUUGACUCCUUCGUCUUCAGACACUGUGGUAUUUGGGACGAUAAGAUUUUAUUGUCUCGCUGUCCGGUUAUCUUCAAAUACAGUAUUUUAGAAAAAUAAAAAUUAUUGAUCCCUACGGAAGUUCUACCCGAGAGGUCGCGGGUUCAAGUCCCGCAACGCUCAUAUAUUUUUGUUACACAUUUAAUUUGUAUAAAUUUUAAAGAAUUCUUAAUUGCCACAUAAAAUGGAAAUACAAGGACAUUUAAAAUACUAGACUAACCGGAGGAAUGUUAUUUCUCCAAUAUUGGUGUACGAGUAGCGCGGAAGAAGUAUCCGUGAAAGAUAUCAUUCCAGAUAAUCGCCAGCCAUCUAUGUUAUGGUAAGGAUGGUUUACUCAAGCCUCUGUAUUUUGGAAACUACAUGGUGUAUAUGAAUUAAAUUCUAAUUGUAAUAAGAAGCAGAAGAAUGAGAGCGGCAGGGAACACUGAACAUAACGUGACCUGUACCAUAAUAUAGUAAUAGAACAGUAAUUUAACUUUAUACUGGAGCGCUCGAAUCGGGGCACGCACACAUACACAUGAUUAAAUGGCUGCUAAGCACUGACCUUUUUUUAUGGAAUAGGAGGACAAACGAGCGUACAGGUCACCUGGUGUUAAGUGAUCACCGCCGCCCACACUCUCUUGCAACACCAGAGGAAUCACAAGAGCGUUGCCGGCCUUUAAGGAAGGUGUACGCGCUUUUCUUGAAGGUACCCAUGUCGUAUCGUCCCGGAAACACCGCACAAGGAAGCUCAUUCCACAGCUUCGUAGUAUGAGGAAGAAAGCUUGAAAACCGCACUGUGGAGGACCGCCACACAUCCAGAUGGUGGGGAUGAUAUCGUAAUUUGUGGAGUGUCGUGCGAAGGUGAAAUUUGGCGGCAGGAAUCAGGUUGAACAGCUCUUCGGAACACUCCCCGUGAUACAUGUGGUAGAAGACACACAAUGAAGCGACGUCUCUACGCAACGCCAAGUGAUCCAGCCGUUCACAGAGCACUGGGUCCCCGACAAUUCGAGCUGCUCUACAUAAAUACCACUGGACAGGCUGACCUGUAUAAAUACCACUGUACAAUACAGGCUGUUCCAUAUGUUUGACAGCAAAUUAUUUGUGCCUAUUUGAAGCGCCCCUCGAGCGUUCAGGGAACUAAAUUUGACGUAUUAGACAAAUGGCUGCGAAGGAACGUAUAUAACUCUGAAGUAUUUUUACAUUUUGUAUUAAUUUCGUUCGUUUUCCGUGUUAUUCAUACUUCAAUAAUCAACGUAAUAAAGUACACAAUUGUUUUUUGUAAAUACUUUCCAACUAUCUAUCGAUUUUUGCUAAGGUUGUCAUCACUAGUUUUAGUACCGCAGACUCUCGGCCAACAGCGCCAAACAGGCACAAAAGCACUUUAACAGCCGCCAGUCCAGUGGUAUAUAGUCGAGGUCAGUGCUGCUAGGCAAUCUUGGGAACAUAAAAGUAUUGAGUGCCACACCGUACGCCGCCGAGACUAGUCGCUAACCGAGUCAAAUUAGCUGCACGGCGCAGUCCGCGUCGUCAAUCUUUUUGUAUGUACCAACUCUAGCGCUCCGCCCAGACAUAUUAUGUAUAAAUUUCAAGGAGACCGCUGAGUUACACUACUGUUCUCUUACUUGUAUUGUGGCUGUACGCUCUUUUGUCCUGCCCUUUCAUGAAAAAUCUGCGACUUAAUGAAGGUAGGUAAUAAUAAACUGAAACACGUUUUCUUUCGUAAAUUUACUUGAAAACUGUCACCUAUUUGUGGCUAUUAAAUUGUUUACGCGACAUUUUGAACUAUGAUUCACGAAUAUAAACACUAAAACUAAUUGCGAAUGCGCUUUCUCCUAAUGUGAUCAACACUAGAGCUACAACUAGAUACCGCAGGCGUAGUACUACGCUCAAGUUGGCGAACUCGAGUCAGACUCGAACAUUGUGUGACGUUGACGUGCCACAUGUUCUGUUAUACUUUGCUAAUAAUAGAAACUAAGAUAAGACAUAAAACUUUGUUAAAAUAAUACUACAAGAAAUAAGAAAGAUACUGGGAUCACACAUUAUCAUCAGUAAGUAUUUUGUGUUUUUUUUUAUUUCUAUGUAAUAACAAGAAGCGUAUGUUACAAAAUUUGUGUCAAGAGCCACGAAAACAUGCAUCUAAUAGUUGCCGUAUUAAAAUACGAUGCAUGCACUACCUAAGAACAAU